AUGUUGCCAACAGAAUUGAAGUUGAAUAGCGGGUAUACUAUCCCCACCGUCGGACUGGGCACAUGGCAAUCCAAACCCAAUGAGGUCCGAAAUGCAGUCGUAACGGCACUGCAAGCUGGCUACCGCCACAUUGACGCCGCUGCAGUAUAUGGUAAUGAAAAGGAAGUGGGAGAUGGAUUGAAGGAGUCAGGCGUCCACCGACAGGAUGUGUUUAUUACCGGAAAGCUCUGGAACACUCAUCACAAGGCCGAGGAUGUCGAGCGGGCACUCGACAUCACGCUGGCUGACCUCCAAACCGACUACAUUGAUCUGUACCUGAUACACUGGCCAGUGGCCUUUCAAAAAGCCAGCGAUGAGUCAGAGCGCUUUCCUGUCAACCCAGUGACGGAGCAGAUUGAUGUCAUUGACGUGCCUAUUAGCGAGACGUGGGCAGCCAUGGAGGCGCUCGUGAACAAGGGCAAAGUGAGAACAAUUGGUGUCUCGAACUUUACACGAAACAAGAUUGAAGAUCUCUGGAAAACUGCCACUAUCAAACCUGCAGUGAACCAGAUCGAGGCUCACAUCUUCCUCCAACAGCCCGAUCUUCUCGAGUGGUCGAAGCAGAAUGGUAUCGUCGUCGAGGCGUACAGCCCGUUGGCGAAUAACAUUUACAAUCUACCUCGAGCCGAUGAAAAUGAAGAUCUCAAAGCCAUCGCUGCGAGUCUCGGCAGGUCGCCAGUUUCGGUCCUUCUCAGUUGGGCGGUCCAGCGUGGCACUGUAGUGCUUCCAAAAUCUGUCACGCCAGCCCGUAUCAAGAGUAAUCUCACAGUCUCCGAGCUGCCAGCAGAUGCUUUCAAUAAAAUCAAUGCACUCGACCAAGGACGUAGAUACAACUUCCCAGCACGUCUGGGAGUAAACAUAUUCGGGGAGGCUACUCAGGAACAAUUAGACGAGGCUGUCCGAACCUGGAAGGCCGCACAGAAAGCGCCCAAAUAA